AUGGUUGCCUCUUCUAAUAUGCUACUACUACUACUGCUAGUGGUCUUCUGUUCUUGCGGCGGUUCAUCUGACACGGUAGAUUCGCAAUUUCUGAAUGUUCCUGUUUCGCAGUUCAUAGAUUCUAUCAAGUUCACCAUUGACGCCGUAGAACAGGUUGCCUCCAUUGUCUCACGCUUCGGUACCAAUUUUGGCGAAUUUCGGCUCUCCAAUGCAAUCGCCGACUGCAUUGAUCUGCUAGAUUUAACCGCCGAGGAACUCUCCUGGACUCUCUCAGCUUCUUCUGAUCACAAUUCCAAUCAAGGACGAAAAGACAACAACAACGGCACAGGAUAUCUAAGUUCUGAUUUGAGGACAUGGCUUACUGGGGCCCUCGCAAAUCAGGAUACAUGCAUAGAUGGAUUUGACGGCACCAACAGUUUUAUUAUCAAAAGUGCCAUUGCCGGCGGCCUAAACCAAAUCUCUUCCUUGAUCCUCCAAUCGCUCCAACAAGUUCACGAUACUCCUCCUCCUCCUCCUCCGACCUCCCCUUCCAGGCAAUGGAACCCUGCGUGGUUUAGUUCUAGGGAACUCCAGACCGGUUGGGGGUCGGUCGACGCGGUGGUGGCGACAGACGGCUCCGGGGAUUAUAACAAAAUUAUGGACGCGGUAGCCUCUGCUCCAUUAUUGAGCACGCGGCGGUUUGUGAUCUACGUUAAGAAGGGAGUGUAUAAGGAAUAUGUGGAGAUUAAUAAGCAUCAAUGGAAUAUUAUGAUCGUGGGAGAUGGAAUGGAUGCAACCAUUAUUUCGGGUAAUCGAAGUUUCAAAGGUGGUUACACAACUUUUCGGUCAGCCACUUUUUCUGUGAAUGGGAAAGGAUUCAUAGCACGGGACAUCACGUUUGAGAACACGGCAGGGGCGGAGAUGGAACAAGCGGUGGCAUUCAGGUCGGACUCUGACUUAUCUGUCUUGUACCGAUGCGGCAUAAAGGGGUUCCAGGACACGCUGUACGCUCACAGCUCGCGCCAAUUUUACCGGGAGUGUCGCAUUUCCGGCACGGUGGACUUCAUAUUUGGAGAUGGCACGGUGGUGUUCCAAAGCUGCCAAAUCGUAGCACGGAAAGGAAAGCCGAAUCAAAAGAACGCCAUAACAGCCCAAGGGCGGAAACAUCCCUGCAACACUACCGGGUUUUCGAUCCAAUUCUCAAACAUAUCGGUGGAAACAGAGUUGUUAGUGGACAACCAGACGCAGACGUAUUUGGGUCGGCCAUGGAGGUUGUAUUCGAGGACGAUGAUCAUGCAAUCUUACAUAGGCCCGGGGAUAAGAGCCGAGGGGUGGCUGGAGUGGAAGGGGGAUUUGGGUCUCAACACACUUUGGUAUGGAGAGUAUAUGAAUUAUGGGGAAGGGGCAGGGGUGGGAAACCGUGUCAAGUGGCCUGGAUUUCAUCUUGUCAAGGAUCCUUCGCAUGCAAGAAAUUUCACGGUGGCGGAAUUCAUUUUGGGGGACUACUGGUUGCCUGCUACAGACAUCAAGUACACAGCCGGCUUGUCGGUUUAA